AUGGAAAUAAGACGAAACACAAAAACUCUUCUAGUGCGACUGGUUACGCUGACCGUUUAUCUCACAUCGGGUGCAGCCAUAUUCUCGGUGAUCGAACAUGACGGUUCUUCAAGCGACCGACAUUUCAGCGAGAAAAUAGACCAGAUAAGAGAGAACAUGACACUGAGAUUUAACGAGACACUGGACGUUAUUAACCAGUACAUCGAGGAGCUGCGACUGCUUUUUGAAGAAGCUCACAGGUGCAAGUAUAGUCACAAUGACUGGAGUUAUUAUCAGUCGCUGUAUUUCGUUGGCAGUGUGACCACCACCAUUGGUAAGAUAGCUUUAGCCCUUAAGCCAUGUUAAGCCCCGAUCUCGACAUGCAAAAUCUCCAGACUGGUUUCCAUACAUUUCCCUAAAGAAUUAGUCAAGAGAACACCAAAAGAAGAUCGAAGCAUGCAUUUCCCUUCAGUGAUCAUUAUAUUUAAUCUCAUAACCUUUCUCUUGAUGAUGUAUUGACGUUGUAAGGGGAAAAUUGAUGUAAGUCACUCUCACGAUUUGAGAGUCAAAGAUUUUGAGGUAACUUCCAAUUACACAAAUUAAGGGAGCUCUCUACGCCAUACAUCCUUGGAACCAGGGGUCAAUACAAUAGAACCAUUACGUGCGAUUACGUGCGUAAUUGACAAGUGUAGCUAUUAUUAUUUAUUAUCUGAAAACAACAGCUAUAAAAGAGUAAAUUGCACGUUUAAAAGUUGUAUUGAAUUUAUCCUAGCUCUAAUUGCUAUACCUAACGAAGAGUUAAGCUAUCACAGAAUUGAGCAUAACUGGGUAGGCUGAAAUUCAGAGGACUAAAUUACAGCCCCUGACAUCAGUCACAGCGAGGAGCUUUGAGUGGACCUUCAAAUUCACUGCAGGAGGCCAGAUGGAAAGAAAAAAGUUCACUGAUUCGCUCCAUGCAAGGGAAUACGGAUUCUGGAAUCCGGAAAAUUUUUCUUGUGGUUUCCGGAAUCCUGGGCUUUGGAAUACGGGGUACAGCUCAAGGAAUCCGGAAUGCUACUGACGAUUGGAAUCCAGAAUCCACGUUAUACUAACCAAUACUAAAAUCCAGUACCUGGAAUCCGGAAUACAGCUCAAGGAAUCCGGAAUCCAGUACCUUGAAUCCGGAAUCUAUGGCGUGGAAUUCAGAAUCCAAGGCUGUCAUGGAUUCUCUUACAUGGGACGACCUGAUAGUUUAUUUGUAUAAUCGUAUCAUCCACUGGACCUAACACCCCCAUGCAAUGACUGCCUCGCGACAAAUGCUAAGUUUUUAAUAAACUCUUUACCUGUUUCUUUACAGGCUAUGGACAUCUUGCCCCUAAAACACAGGGUGGCCGCUUGUUUUUAAUAUUCUUCGCCCUGUUUGGUAUUCCUCUGAAUUUAUUAACUCUUCAGUCACUUGGUGAACACAUCAACUUCGGAAUCCAUUUAUUGAUCAAAUACUUUGAGAAAGCCGCUCUACAGCGCGACGCACCGACACAUGAACACAUCAAAUGCUUCACUAUAGACGUGUUGCUUAUUGCUCUAUGGCUGCCAUUGGGAGGUAUCAUGUAUUACUACUCAGAGAGAGAAUUCGGCUGGACGUUUCUAGAUUGUGUCUAUUACUGCUUUGUUGCCUUGAGUACGAUCGGCUUCGGAGAUCUGGUGCCGAAUGAAGGCAAGGAGCCAGACUCGUCAUACGAACGAGGCAUGUGGAUCGUGCGCCUCAUGUACUUGGGCUUAGGCCUCUCGCUUCUUUCGAGUGUCUUCACUUCUGUCUGUAGUGCGGUGAAGGAAAUUCGAAGUCUGAUGCCGUGUAAACGAGGUAAGUAAAUAAGUUAUCCAAGCUACUGUUACUUUUGGUUCUGUAAAACAUGAAAGCUAGGCUAAAACUAAACUACAACUAGCAGCACUGACUAAUUGGCAAGGUGCUAAGAUUCUGCUGGAUCGUCAUAUUAUUUCAUGAGCAAUUGAGAUUCCACUUUGGUUGCCAAGUAUAAAAUAAUGCACCAUGUAAUCUGUAGUUAGAGAUCACAGAUGACGUCGAAAACGUUGUAACAAGAGAGACAAGUCCAACGAGCCGCAGGCGAGUUGGUCAGCGGAAACACCGUAGAAUGCUGAGCAGCAAAGCAAGACUAACAGAAAGAACACGUUUACCGCAAAAAUUACAUUUCCGCGUCAACCAAAUCGUUUUUCGUCUCGAACUCUUCUCCUGUUUCUUCUUAUUAUUAUUCUAAGCCUUGUCCUUUUUUCUUUCUUAUUUUUGGGGGCCUUGACUUACUUAUCCAUGAAGUACUCCGAUAGAAUAUCUACUAGCCAAUUCUACGAUUCCAAUAUUGUGACUAUAAUCCUUCCUAACUUGUCUUUCUCUUUAGAUAGAAGGUGUAGGCGUCCCACAUACAUUUGAAUCUGACCUGAAAUCCUUCUUCUCCAGGUGAUGGGCUCGUAAUAUUCCUCACUCUUAUUUAAUAAUUGCAUGCAGCUAGUAUUGAUUGAUAACUAAUUAUUAUCUUUCCUUACAAUUUGGUUGCACUAUACCUUAAUCGCGACUCAUUUACUGUCUACGUACACUUCUAAAACAAUCUUAAACAAAACUGUAUUUUCGGCAGGGGUUUUCAUAGACACUCGUGUCUUUGAAAUAAGGUACUACCUAAAUUUGUUACAAUUUUUCACAGCGGUAUGUCUAUUGGUGUUUGUGGUAUCUGUCAUACUGAAAUAGUUAUCUUUUUAUGAACCAUAACAGCGCUAAAAUAUAAAACGGCGGCCGAGAUGACCCUGAUAAAAUUAAUAAGGGCGGCUGAUCUACAGUCGCACGUGAUAAAUCGAAAAUUUCUGCCUUUGUGCCACAGGAACACCAGAUUAGGAUGCGUUCUGACGAACGCGACUGCGCAAUAUCUUUCUCCAUCCAAGUGUAUAAACCUUACUUGACUCGCACUAUUACUACUAAUUGCUACUGUCACAGUUAAAAGAGCAAAUAUGCAGAUGGCUGGACUGCCCUUUUAAGGGUGUGGCAUCCUAUGACACGAGACUAUCAACACCCUUUGAAACCACUCGCCUAUAGACAGUAAAGAGAUUUAACCCUUUUACCCUCAGAGUGCAUUGUGAAGUAUUAUAAAGUGGUUGUAACUUUUGCGUCUAUGAAUGAAAUCUUAUGGUGUUACCAUUCAAAUAAAUCCUCGUCACUCAUAUUUUCACGUGCCACUAUUCAUUUAGCAGCAUUUUGCAAAAUGAGAUUGGCAAUUUUGCCGAGUUUUGACUUUAACCGUUUUCCUGGUUUUCAUGUAACUGAUAGGUGGCCAGCUGGGUCAAUUUUCAAUCGCUGACGUAACUAACUUAUCAACAGGUUCUAUGUACGAGCUUCACAGCACAGAUCAAAGAGAGCGAACUCCAAAACCAGUGACACCUCUAGGGGAGAUACUUAAGUCAUCCAAGCGUUAUUCGUCUACUGCGUUAGGACAGAAAGACUGUUUAGCUGAACCAAAACUUAAGAGGCAGGCAAAGCCGCAAGAGGUGGACUGCAAUGGGGUGUAUUCUAAUUCUACAAUUGACGCAAAUGUACAAGAGCUAGAGUGUCCGGAUUACGUGGACGCAGAAAAUUUAAAUGCAGUGGAGGAGAGAAAAAAGGCAGGUUUAGGAAAAGUGAAGAACGGAAAUGACAUUCUCCAGGAAGGUCUCGAAGAUUCAGAAGAAACCACUGAGUGA